AUGUCCGCCCGAGCUAAGAGAAAGGCCUCGUUCUCGACGGAGGCGCGGCCACAGAAACAACACCGGUCUUUGAAUGGCAAGGUGUCCGCCGGCGAUAAUACCCCUGACGGCCAUCUUCAGAAUAAUCAUCACGCCUACGCCCACGAAUCCGACUCCGAGAUGGAAGUCAACGCCUCACAGCUCUCUGCCAUGUUAAAGCUGUCUCACGACACUCUUGAGUGGCAAGAGACUAUUGGAAAGGUCGUGCCUACCGUGGUUUCUAUCCGCUUCUGCCAGCCGUGCUCGUUUGAUACCGAGUUUGCCGACACAAGUGAGGCGACUGGCUUCGUAGUAGAUGCUGAAAAGGGGUACAUCUUGACGAAUCGGCACGUCGUCGGCGCCGGUCCUUUCUGGGGCUACUGUGUAUUUGACAACCACGAGGAAGUGGACGCCUACCCUGUAUACCGAGAUCCCGUGCACGACUUCGGCAUCCUACGAUUCGACCCUAAGGCUAUUAAGUAUAUGCCGGUAACAGCUCUACAAAUACGACCAGAUCUGGCGAAGGUCGGAAUCGAGAUUCGAGUCGUUGGUAACGAUGCCGGUGAAAAACUCUGUAUUCUUUCAGGUGUUAUUAGUCGUCUCGACCGAAACGCCCCCGAAUACCAAGAAGGUUACAGCGAUUUCAACACAUGCUACUACCAAGCCAACGCCGCCGCCACGGGAGGAAGUUCCGGCAGUCCCGUUGUCAACAUUGAUGGCCACGCCAUCGCCAUCCAGGCCGGCGGCCGUACCGACGGUGCCUCGACCGAUUACUUCCUUCCCCUUGACCGCGCUGCCCGAGCUCUUCGCUGCAUUCAAGAAGGCAAGCCCGUCGAUCGAGGAACGAUACAGUGUCAGUUCCUUCUCAAGCCGUUUGACGAGUGCCGCCGGCUCGGCCUUUCGCCCGAUUGGGAGACGUCCGUUCGCGAGAAGUUCCCUGGAGUCAACAGCAUGCUUGUCGCCGAGAUCGUUCUUCCCGAAGGUCCUUCGGACAACAAAAUCGAGGAGGGAGACGUUCUUAUCAAGGUCAACGGUGAACUCCUGACCCAGUUCAUUCGCCUUGAUGAGAUUCUAGAUCUUAGCGUUGGUAAGAAGAUUCAACUGCUGCUCCAGCGCGGAGGCGAGGACGUCGAGGUUGAGGUUGAAGUGGGUGACCUGCAUAAAAUUACCCCUGAUCGCUUCUUGACGGUCGCUGGUGGUCAGUUCCACGAUCUCUCAUACCAACAGGCGCGCAUGUAUGCCGUCGCUUGCAGAGGGGUCUACGUCUGCGAUGCGACGGGGUCCUUCCGAUUUAGUGGUGCUGAUAACGGAUGGAUCAUUGAGUCUGUCGAUCACAAGAAGACGCCAAACCUAGACGCUUUCAUCGAGGUGAUGAAGUCGAUACCGGACAGGUCGCGCGUCGUCGUCACCUACAAGCAUCUCCGCGAUCUCCAUACACUGAACACCUCUGUCUUGUACAUUGAUCGUCACUGGUCUUCGAAGAUGAAGCUCGCCGUGCGCAAUGAUGUAACUGGGCUCUGGGACUUUGAAGAAAUCGGCAAGCCUCUCCCCCAAAUCCCCCCCGUUACGCGCUCGGCCUCGUUCAUUCAGCUCGAACACACUUCUCACCCCGCUGUCGGCGAUCUUGUACGAAGCUUCGUGCAUGUGAACUGCAGCAUGCCCCUGAAACUCGACGGCUUCCCCAAGAACCGAAAAUGGGGCAUGGGCCUCGUCAUUGAUGCCGAAAAGGGUCUUGUCAUCAUUUCAAGGGCCAUCGUUCCCUACGACCUCUGCGAUAUCACCAUUACCAUUGCAGAUUCCAUCAUCGUAGACGGUAGAGUGGUCUUCAUGCACCCGCUCCAGAAUUACGCCGUCAUCCAAUACGAUCCUAAGCUGGUUGAUGCGCCGGUACUAAGCGCUAAGCUCGGCACCACCGAACUUGUGCAAGGUUCUGCGACGCACUUUAUCGGGUACAACCGCAUCGGCCGUAUUGUGCAUGCCGCCACGACAGUUACCGAGAUUACGGCCGUGGCCAUCCCCGCCAACUCCGGCGCUCCGCGGUACCGCGCCGUCAACGUCGAUGCCAUCACCGUCGACACCAACCUGGCCGCCCAGUGCGGCAGCGGAGUCCUCGUUGGCUCCGACGGUAAGGUGCAGGCGCUCUGGCUCACUUACCUCGGCGAGCACAGCUCGUGUUUGGGACGAGACGAAGAGUAUCACCUUGGUCUCGCGACACCGACGUUGCUGCCCGUCAUCUCCCAGAUCCAGCAGGGCAUUGUGCCGAAACUGCGGAUGCUCUCGGUCGAGUUCAGAGCCAUCCACAUGGCGCAGGCGAGGGUCAUGGGCGUAUCAGAGGAGUGGAUCAAGAAGGUUGCCGAGGUCAACAAGUCGCAUCACCAGCUGUUCAUGGUGAGCAAGCGGACGUUCGAAAGGAAUCCCGUCCAAGGCAGCGUGCUGCUCGAGGGCGACAUCCUCCUCACGCUCAACGGGAAGAUCAUCACCAAGGUAUCCGAGCUCGACGUCAUGUACUCUCACGAGAAGCUGGAUGCCGUCAUCGUCCGGAACUGCGAGGAGAUUCAAAUGAAGUCGGGCACGGUGCUGGCUGAUGACGUCGAGACCGACCAUGCUAUUUGGUUCUGCGGCGCCAUCCUGCAUCGCCCUCACCAUGCCGUUCGUCAGCAGAUCAGCAAGCUGCCCAGUGAGGUUUACGUCUCGGCCAGGACUCGGGGAUCACCGGCGUACCAGUAUGGCCUUGCUCCUACGAACUUUAUCACCCACGUCAAUGGUAAACCCACGAAGGAUCUUGAUACCUUCCUUGCCACCGUCCGGGAAAUCCCUGACAAUACUUACUUCCGCUUGAAGGCAGUUACCUUUGACUGCGUGCCCUGGGUUGUGACGAUGAAGAAGAACGACCACUACUUCCCUACCGUCGAUUGGAUCAAGGACGCCAGCGACCCGUGCGGCUGGAGGCGAGUGACUUACGAGUGCGGCAAGGUCAUUCAAGGAGAUGCCACGGAUGGGGUUGAUCCCGAUCCUAUGAUCACGGAGGUAGAACCUGUGGAGAUAGAGCCUGUGGGGGUGGAGCCGGUGAGCGCGGAGACAACAUCAACAUAA